AUGCCCAAGAGUCUUCGUUUUAACAGUGAGCUUUUUAGCUCAUACAAAAAUCACACUACUCUGAAGGGUCUGGUUGGCAUCUCACCUGGGGGUCAUCAGUCAACUAUACACNUAUUCUUCGGUACUUAAAUCCUGGGAAAGCAAGGUGAGAACAUAAACUAUUGGCAUUCAUCCACAGAUGAUAUGACAAAUGCGAAUCAGGGAAGUGACAAGGAUGCCCCUAAACAAGGAAGGCCAAGGCAACUGAGCCCAAGGGAGGAAUUUUUUUUAACUCUGUGCCGUCUAAGACAGGGUUUUAAAGAGGAGCAUUCGAGUCGUUUGUAUGGUAUUUCUUAAGCAACUGUCAGUCGAACUGUAAUUUCUUGGAUUAAUUUAAUGUUUCUAAAGUUCAGCACCAUCCCUAUAUGGCCCUCUAAGGAAAAAGUUGAAGAGCACAUGCCUGCUGACUUGAAAAGAAACACCCUUCUACCAGGGUCAUAGUUGACUGUACUGAAAUCCGCUGCCAAAUGCCCAAGAGUCUUCGUUUUAACAGUGAGCUUUUUAGCUCAUACAAAAAUCACACUACUCUGAAGGGUCUGGUUGGCAUCUCACCUGGGGGUCAUCAGUCAACUAUACACAGGCCAUAUUUCAGAUAGAGAAAUUGUUAUGCGUUCAGGAUUUCUAAAUAUAUCUUUUGCAAGAGGAGACUCCGUAAUGGCAGAUAAAGGGUUUACUGUGCAAGAUCUCCUUCCCCUUGGUGUCUCCCUUAACAUCCCUCCUUUCGCUGGAAGCAAAGGUCAAAUGACACCAGGGGAAGUUGUGCAAACACAACAAAUUGCCUCCGUUCGAAUUCAUGUGGAACGUGCAAUCAAUUAG